AUGGAGGCUUCUAUGGAGGGAUGGAACAAGCUACUGGCUGGCGAGCUGCUGAAAGGGACGACCGAGAAAGACACAAUCGCUAUCCUCUCCGCACCGUGUGUGCUCGUCGCCCUGAAGAACCUGAUGUCUGAGACAAGGGGCACCGCGGGUGCCAUGACAACCCGCUGGAUGGCAAACUCUUCGGGCAGCACCGACGCCAAGGUCAUCAACCUGAACAACGAGUUCUGGUCCUAUGCGAACUUUACCUGCGAACAUUGGAACUGGCGCGAUUAG